UUGCACCAUCCUAGACGCGUCGAAAGAAGGAUGUCUAUCGUAAAUAUCCUAAGUGUGAAUGUUUUAAACAACCCUGCCAAGUUUUCAGACUCAUAUAAAUUUGAAAUCACGUUUGAGUGCUUAGAACCAUUGAAAAGCGACCUAGAAUGGAAGUUAACAUACGUGGGUAGUGCUACAUCUCAGAGCUAUGAUCAAAUUUUGGAUACACUUUUGGUGGGACCUAUUCCUAUUGGAAUCAAUAAAUUCGUUUUUGAAGCAGAUCCACCCAACAUCGACUUGCUUCCAGAACUCAGCGAUGUUUUAGGAGUGACAGUCAUUUUGCUGUCUUGUGCUUAUGAGGAAAAUGAGUUUGUUCGCGUUGGGUACUAUGUCAAUAAUGAGAUGGAGGGAGUUAAUUUGCAAGAAAUGGAAGAAACCGAGGUCAAGAAAAUCAAGGUCGACAUUUCGAAAGUAUGGAGAAACAUUUUGGCCGAAAAACCAAGAGUGACACGGUUCAACAUUCAAUGGGAUAAUCCUGAUUUCGAUGAUGCACCACCUGUUCAGCCGGAUGCGGAUGAAGAGGAAGAAGAGGAAGAGCAGGAUGAGGCCGACGAAGAACUCGAAGAGGAAGGGGAACCAGAAGAAGAAGAAGACGAAGAAGAAGAAGAUGCUGGUGAGGAGGAGGAGGAAGAAGAAAUCGACAUUGAAGAAGAAGAAGAAGAGGCUUCCAACUCGCGUGCUCAGGCUUCCGAAAAAGAAUCGAAAGCAACCGAAACUACCGAGAAACAAUAAGUUCGUAUUUUUUUCCAAUGAAUAUCAAUUCAACAUCCUCUGUUCGUCAUUUUGACUGGUUGGAAUCGGUUCUCAACCUUGACUCAGGCUUCUCCCUUCACAGAUGCUUUCUUUUAUCUUCAUGCAUUCCUUUUUUGGUCUUUGCGAGCCCCUUUCUUUUUCAGGUUACCAACAAUACCAUCGUUUUAUUUCUUUUAUUGCAGUGCAAUGCAAUGGAAUGUACAAACAAAGGUUUGGCUUUCUCGGCUGGUUUGUUUAUUUAUACUUUUUGUUUACAUGGUCCGGUCCGUCCAUGAAAGACCGAUUCAUUCCUUGGGCCUAUUCUUUUUUGUUAUUGUUUUUUUUUUGGGAUAGUGUGCUACAUCACCUUUCGUAAACUAAAGUUACAACUGGCAAGUAACAAUCCACGUAUGGAGAC